AUGGCCCGAUUUCAUAAUUUAACCAGACUGAAGUAUGAGAAGGCUCAAUUAAAGAAUAGGUAUGACAGUCUGAGAAAGGAUUGGAGAGCAUGGUAUAACUUAUUUGGGAGAGAAACUGGAUUAGGGUGGGAUCCGGAAAACCCUCUUUAUGAAAAAUUUAGGAACAAGGGGCUUCCAUUCGCCAAUGAUUUAACCACACUUUUUAAGGAUAAGGCUGGCGAUAGCGAGGAUGCAAGUGUUGGAGCAACAACUGAAUUUGCAAAUAUUGGACUGAAUUCUUCACAAAAAACCGAUGGUCAAAAGAGUGGUGAGAAGAGGAAAAGAGCUAUUAGAGCAAACAAGCCAAGUAAGAAAAAAGCAAGUGCAUCAUCAAAGCUAGCUGAAGCUGUUAGUUUAAUUGCAGAGACAUGUCGUUCUCGCAAUGAUGUUGUGGGUAAUGCAUCUAUUGGUGAAGUGAUGGUUGAGCUAUACACCAUGGAUGAAAUCUCAAAUGAUCUUUAUUUGCAUGCUCAGUGUUGCAACUUGCUGAUGUUUAAGCCUGCAAGGGAGAUUUUUAUUUCCCUACGAGGUUCAGAGGAGAAGAGGUUGAAUUGGCUUAAGCAUACAAUUGAUAACCCAUUGUCAUUCAUGACUAUGUAA